CAUAAAUGUUGACCGGUAGCAAAAUACAUGAAUGAAGGGUUCUGAAGCUCGUGAAAAUGCGUUAAGGAAAUUACGUAAAAAGCUUUUAAGUCGCCAAAUACACCAAACAGGUGCCCUGUACGGAAAGCUAACAAUUAACAUUUAUUUGCGAAUUUUCUCGCUUGUUGGUACUAUAGACCUGUGUAAUUGUCAUUUAGUAUGUAAGAAAUUUUACGAAUUGUGUCGUUCGAACACCAUCUAUAUCAAAAAGUUAUUAUUGAUGGGGGCAUGGGAUACCGCAUUAUCGAAAUCGUUAUAUUUAGAAUCUCGGAGUGAAGGAGUGUCCAGUGAAGGAGUAUCGAGCGUCAAUGAAAAGAAUAAGAGCUCACAAGGAGAAAGUACUUCUAGUUACAUUGCUAUCGAAAGAUCGAUUGGAACAUUACCACAUUCUUUGCUAGAAACACUACCGGAAAGCGAAACAUCUUUACCGUCGGCGAUAGAUUAUUAUUCAGAACAAGGUAGAGAGGAUGUGAUACAUGUAUUUGACAAAGUAAGUCACAGGAUCGAACUAGCGCGUCUAGAUUAUAUUCGUGUCUGGAGAACGCUGGCUCCAAUAUAUCGAAAUUUGGCCUAUGCAAGUAAUACACUAGAUCCUAUCGCAUUUUCUGCCUUCCAAACGCCGGAAGAACAAGCUGUUGUUUUAAAGCUUCUACUGCGAUUCGGUAACUCAAAACCGUACGGAUGGUUUGACUCAUCUAUGCAGAAUGCAAUUUUGGAUAUGGCCGUUUUGUUUGAGCAAGCAUGCUUAGAUGAAUUGGCGCUCGGUAUUGAUUCGCGAAAUUUAGAGCUCGUUAGCCAAUUUUCUCAUGUAUUGCAUAAAUUUUCAGCGCCCAAUGUAUAUAUUCAAUUGUACUUGUCGAAGCAGACAGAAUAUUUACAAUCAUACUUUCAGUUUGACCCAUACAGUCUCUUCGUUACUAAUUCCGACAAUGAGGGUUCACACAUUCAAUGGGGAAUCCUCGAAAAUGUAAUAGACGAAACAAUCAAGUUACUAACGUCUGAAUAUACCUUUACCUCAGCAUCUUUUCCAGUCCCUGAGCUCGUUGAGAUCCCGUAUGCAAGAGAAAGCGUUGGGAAUUGCCUUAAGAAUUAUGUUUCAUCGGCUGUUGAACACAUAGGUGAUGAGGAAGUUGAGUUAUAUUUGAUCUUUAUUUCUGGUCUUUAUCGUUUAUGUAAGCGCUUGUUUACUAUUCAUAAUGGUCCUCUGCUUGUAGACACUAUCUUUCAAUCUCAAGUCGAUAUUUAUAUUUCCCAGGAGCUGCAUAAUUUCAAGGUUGUCGCACAGUCUGUGGUUGAUCAGUGGGACAUGUCCAUUCAAGAAAAGGAAGGUGCUACUGAAUCUUUCUUUUUUAGAAACGUUGGUCAAAAUACUGCAAAGAAUAAUUUCUUGGAAACAUUCAAGAACGUCAUGUUGCUUCCUGUUUCUUUAUUUUCUUUUCCUUCCGAGAAUAAUGAGCAAGCAAACUUAACUCAUCGAGUACGACUUUCUGAUGAUGCCGAUUCAUACGAUGGUUUAGAGAAUUUGGAUGCCUCAAGAUUUGUGCCAGCAAAUGUUUAUGUUUCGCAAGAUCAAUUAUCCCAUCUUCCUACUACGGAAUUGGCGGCUCAAGCCGCUGUUUUGGAUUCAAAAUUGGAAGGUAUAAGUAGCAUGUUCAGUUUAGAACUUGCUUUGAAAAUUGUGCACUUAUGUAAAAUUAGCCUCGCUCGAACCAAAAUUUUUCUCGGGAUUUCAAACAGCCAAGACGAAGAUAUUCAAGGCUUGCAGAAGGAUCUCUUCGUUCAACUACUGAGGCAAUUGGGUCAAGGGCAUCUUAAACAUGGGUUUGACCGAGCUAUUGAGCACUUGUCAUUAUUUGAUCCUAGAAAAGACUUUGCUAAUAAUACUGUUGAACCUAUUGUAAAAUUCCUCGAACUCAUAAACGUCGGGGAUUUGAUUCAACAAAUGAUGGACACUUUCUAUAAUGAAGAGAUGAGUUCUAUAUGCGUUCGAGAUGACAUGUUUGAUCCAGCAAUUGCCGAAAAGAAAAAAUUCGAACAACUUUUGGAUGAAAGAGCUGCAUAUGGUCUACAUAAGGGAAUCGAUGUCAUUAUUGAACAUGUAGACUUUUUGCUGGAAUCGAAGACCCCUAUCAAUUAUUUUUGUCCUCAGUCUGUCGGUAUCACAAAUACGAUGGUUGAACCUUCGGUGGCAGCAAAAAGCAUCACUCAAUUUUUGCGUUCGCAUAUGAGGCUUUUAGUGGGCUGUACGGAUCAUGAGAUCUUGGACGUCUUCUACAAAGAAGUAGGAAUGCGUCUAUUCAAUUCAUUGACCCGUUACAUAAAGCAACGUAAAUUUACUGUUGAAGGAGGCUUGAUGCUACUGAGUGAUCUAAACAUGUAUUACGAAUUUGUAGUUUCACUGAAACAGCGUACCAUAUUGCCUUAUUUCAAAGCAUUAAAAGAAAUUGCACAUCUAUUCAUUAUCGACGGUAAGAAUGCUGAAGAAAUUGGAAAACUGGCUACUGAUAAUACUCGUUUUUCUACUGCAUUCCACACAGAAGAAGUUUACGAAAUGAUUCAUUGCCGAAUUGAUUGGCUUAGCAUAAAGUAUCAAGUUGACAAGGUGAUUCAUGGAUUGGCUUGCUGCAUUAUGUGAUUUGAAUUUAUGACUUUUGGUAACUAGUACUUUCAGUAACGAUUGUUUAUGAGAUUAAUUAUAUGUUAUAGUACUAUAUCUAUGCAUAAUUUAUAUAUAAUGUGAACUUGUUUUAAAUAUUUCUUGGUCUCCCUUUCAAAAGCGAACAUGAGAUGGU